CGAAUGCCUCGAGAGCGAUGGCGGGGUAUUGCUUUUUAACGUCGGCAUCGCAGUUCUCUCGGAAAUGGAGAAGCUCAACCAACCUCCUCUCUUUCUCUUCAAUCCUCCCGCCCUUAACCGCAUCCUCCCACCAUGACUUCCUGGCUGCAGAUCCCCAAGAACUCGCCUUUCUCACUGGCGAACAUCCCAUUCGGGAUCAUCUCCUCGGCCAAAGUCCCAUCGCGCGUGGCUGCCAUUGCGAUCGGUGACUAUGCGUUGAACCUGAAUGCUUUUGCCUCGUCUGGGGGUUUCUCUCAGCUGCCCGCAAUCCAGCCCCAUCUCAGCGUGUUCAGCCAGCCCACCCUGAAUGCCUUUGCCGCUCUGGGCCGUCCAGUCCACCGUCAAGUCCGCGAAUACAUCCAGUAUAUCCUCCGUGCAGACACCCCAUAUCCUCAGGUCCUGAAAGAGAAUGAGACACUCCAGAAAGAAGCCCUUCUGCCGCUAUCGGAGGUGACCAACCACCUUCCCAUGCAAAUCGGAGACUACACAGACUUCUAUGCCGGCCUCAACCACGCCUACAACCUGGGCGUUCUGCUCCGUGGACCAGACAAUGCCCUGCAGCCCAACUACAAGCAUCUUCCAGUCGCAUACCACGGUCGCGCCUCGUCCAUCGUGGUCUCCGGCACGCCCAUCCACCGUCCAAACGGCCAGGUCCUGGCCAACCCUACAGCGACCCCGAAGGUCCCGACCUUCUCGCCCUGCAAGAGACUCGACAUCGAACUGGAACUGGCUGCUUUUGUCAGCACGCCCAAUGACAUGGGCAAGCCCGUCCCUGUCAACGAGGCCGAAGACCACAUCUUUGGCUUGGUGCUCAUGAACGACUGGUCCGCUCGUGACAUUCAAGCCUGGGAGUACGUUCCCCUGGGCCCUUUCAACGCCAAAAACUUUGCAACCACCAUCACUCCCUGGGUAGUCCUUAUCGAUGCCUUGGAACCCUUCCGGGUCCCCAGUCUGGACCCAGAAAACCGGGAGAACCUCCUCCCCUACCUGCGUGAGAAGCGCACCGACGGCGUCUUUGACAUUCCCCUUGAAUUUGAAAUCACCAACACGGGCGGUCAGCCUACCACGGUCUCCCGCAGCAAUGCCAAGAACCUCCUGUUCUCCUUUUCCCAGAUGUUGGCCCACCACACCAUCACGGGCUGCAACCUGAGACCGGGCGACUUGCUCGGCAGUGGAACCAUCUCUGGCACGGAACCCCAGACUCAGGGCAGCAUGUUCGAGCAAACCAAGGGCAAGGAGCCCCUCAAGCUGGCCGACGGCUCCGAGCGGGUAUUCCUCGAGGACGGAGACACUGUCGUCCUCCGAGGCAAGGCGGGCACAGAGGGAAACUAUGUCGGAUUCGGCGACUGCAGUGCCACCAUUUUGCCUGCCCUCAAGCUGGAAUUCUAAAUUGUAUCCAUCGACCAAUAGUACAGUGUGAUAACAACCACUUAUGCCUUGAAGUGAAACCAACGAAUGACAUUGAUCCAGAAGGAUCUUCCGCGGAGCCAUGGAGAACUUAAAGUAUAGAUGUAACAUCCGACCCACCGAACC